AUGGCUGGUCCCAACAGCCUUCUUCUUCUCAGUGCAGUGGGCCAACAGACAGGACUGAAUGUGGUUCAGGCCACAGUAUGCUCCCACUGGGGUGCACCGACUGAUAAGAGCCUAAUCCAGGAUGGAGAUUUGAUUAUCGGUGGACUUUUUAACCUGUAUCACAUACCUUCAACUGUAGAUGAGGACUACACAAAGAAACCACAUUAUGAACCUUGUACUGGCUUAGAACUGGAGCCGUUAAAAUACUCUUAUGCUAUGGUGUUUGCUGUGGAGGAAAUUAAUCGAAACAACACCCUGCUACCAGGAGUGAAGCUGGGUUACCAUAUACUUGAUAGCUGUUCCCUGUACCCGUGGGCUCUGCAAGGUGCAAUGUCAUUGGUUGGAGGAGACACACACAGAUGUGGUCUGCCUGUAACGAUGAUCAUUGGUGCUGCAUCCUCUACAACAGGCAUAAUGAUGUCCAGCACCCUGGGGCCUCUCUAUGUACCAGUUAUCAGCUACCUUGCAAGCUGCCCCUGCCUUAGUGACAGGCUUAAAUAUCCUAAUUUCUUCAGAACAAUUCCCAGUGAUGUUUACCAAGCUUGGGCCAUGGCACAAUUGGCCAUUCGCUUCCACUGGACAUGGAUAGGAGCAGUGGUGUCAAACAAUGAUUAUGGUCAGCUUGCAAUACAGGUAUUCCAGAAAGAGAUUUUUGGGAAAGGAGUGUGUUUGGAAUUCAUUGAGACCCUCAAGGCAGAAACUAUUAUGACUGAUGCAAAACGUGUAGCACUCACAAUUCAAGCUUCGACUGCGAGGGUGAUUCUGAUCUUCUGCUGGUAUACUGAAGUAAAGAAACUGCUUCUGGAACUGGCCAAGAGAAAUGUGACUGACAGACAGUUCCUGGCAAGUGAGGCUUGGAGUACCAGUGAUGAUCUUCUCCAAGAUCAAACCAUCUCUAAAGUAACAAAUGGUGUUCUUGGUGUGGCCAUUCGUAGUUCAACUAUACCUGGAUUUGAAAAUUAUCUCAGAAGUUUGCAUCCAAUUCGUCGUCCUAAUGAUGUUUUCUUAAGAGAAUUCUGGCAAAAGGAAUUUGGAUGCAGUCCUCUUUCUUCCUAUUUCUCUUCACCCCUAAUUCCAAGGUCUGACUACCUCACAAAUGUUUCUGCUUCCUCAACUGAUAAUGUUCCUCCUCAGAAAAUUCCACCACCACUCUGCAGUGGAACAGAGUCCCUGGAGAACGUGGAAAAUCACUUUACUGAUACCUCUCAGCUAAGGGUGGCAUAUAAUGUCUACCUUGCCAUUUAUGCUGCUGCCCAUGCCCUCCAUAGCCUUCUCUCCUGUAAUACCCAUACAUGCACCUUUCAGAAAAACAUCAAACACAUAGAGCUGUUACAGGAAUUGAACAAAGUGAACAUCACCACACCACAUGGGGAAAGGUUUUACUUCCAAGGUGCUGACAUUGCAGCAAUGUAUGACCUCGUCAAUUGGCAGAAACAACCAGAGGGGCAACUCAAACUUGUCUUGGUUGGUCGUGUGGAUGGGUUUAACAUCCAUCUUAAUGAGUCAGCUGUGAAGUGGAGCUCAGGAUCCAGUCAGGUUCCUUUUUCAGUGUGCAGUGAGAGCUGCCCCCCAGGUACCCGAAAGGCCAACAGGAAAGGAGAGCCUCUCUGCUGCUUUGACUGUAUCCCAUGCACUGAGGGGGAAAUAAGCAAUGAAACUGGUUCUCUUAAUUGUGAGGGAUGUCCAUCUGAGUUCUGGUCCAAUGUUGAACGAACUGCCUGUGUCCCUCGUCAGUUGGACUUCCUUUCCUUUAACGAAACAUUGGGCAUCACUCUGACAACAGUGGCUGCAUCCGGUGUUGUGGUGACAACAGCUGUGUUUGUUCUAUUUUUUUGCAACCGCCAAACACCCAUGGUACGAGCCAACAAUUCAGAACUCAGCUUCCUGCUUCUUCUGUCACUGAAGCUCUGUUUCCUGUGCUCACUGGUGUUCAUUGGUCGUCCAUCAGUCUGGUCCUGUCGGUUUCAGCAGGCAGCCUUUGGGAUCAGCUUUGUACUUUGUGUUUCCUGCCUUCUGGUUAAAACUCUCGUAGUGCUUGCUGUUUUCCGCUCAGCUCGGCCUGGUGCUGAAACCUUGAUGAAGUGGUUUGGUCCUGUUCAACAGAGAGGGAGUGUCUUUCUCUUCACCUGUAUACAGGUUAUUAUCUGUGCCACAUGGUUGUCCAUCAGUCCUCCAGUGCCUCGACGUGAUCUGGGUUUCCAAGGAUCAAAGGUCACACUAGAGUGUGCCAUGGGUUCCCUGGUGGGCUUCUCUCUGGUUCUUGGCUACAUUGGCCUGCUGGCCUGCACCUGCCUCCUCUUGGCUUUUCUCGCUCGGAAUCUUCCUGACAACUUCAAUGAGGCCAAACUGAUCACCUUCAGCAUGCUGAUAUUCUGUGCAGUAUGGGUAGCUUUUGUUCCUGCUUAUAUUAGCUCUCCUGGAAAAUAUGUUGUCGCUGUAGAAAUCUUUUCCAUCUUGGCCUCCAGCUAUGGUUUACUGCUUUGCAUAUUUGCCCCCAAAUGUUUCAUUAUUCUUUUGAGGCCAGAGAAAAACACAAAGAAACAGCUAAUGGCAAGAUAGUUGAUCUGGCUUAAAUGUAAACAUAGACCCUUAAUUGGAAGUUAGAUGUUUCUCUGUGGGGAGAGCCCAUUGGUCUUCCAAUCCUAGGGUAAUGUCCUGAUUCCAAGAACAGAGCAGACAGAAAUAUAUCAUUAGUAACAAACUGAAUAGAAUGCAAUAAUAGUUAGUAAUCAACCUGUGCAUGUUCAGUCAAAAUUUAAGUGAUUUCCUCUCUUUUAGUUUUCUAGAUUUAACUGGUGAGUCCGGA